UUUGUUCGCAGUGAGCUGAACCUGUUAUCAACACAAGGAACAAUAUCAGUGAAUCAAACUUCGAGCAAUUCUGUUUUCGUAAUUAUGAUUAUUUGAUCUUGCUCUUCUCUUCAAAUCUCUUUUUCGAAUCCACCUGAAUUUUUCAGAAGCUUUCAAUAUCAUAUCAGAUUCAAUUGGAUUAUACCCUUCAAUGCAAUGGUGGUCUGCAAAUGUCGCAAGGCUACUAAGUUAUAUUGCUUCGUGCACAAAGUUCCUGUCUGCGGAGAAUGUAUCUGCUUCCCGGAGCACCAAAUCUGCGUGAUCCGGACUUAUUCAGAAUGGGUUAUAGAUGGGGAGUAUGAUUGGCCCCCUAAAUGCUGCCAAUGUGAAGCUAUUUUACAAGAAGGGACUGGAUCUCAAACUACUCGACUGGGUUGCUUGCAUGUUAUCCACACAAAUUGCUUGGUCUCACAUAUCAAGAGUUUUCCCCCACAUACUGCUCCAGCAGGAUAUGUGUGUCCCUCAUGUUCCACUUCGAUAUGGCCUCCCAAAAGCGUGAAAGAUUCGGCAUCUCGUCUUCACACCAAGUUGAAGGAAGCUAUCAUGCAGACUGGUAUGGAAAAAAGUAUCUUUGGAAAUCAUCCAGUUUCAUUGUCUGUAACAGAAUCGCGUAGUCCUCCACCUGCUUUUGCUUCAGAUCCAUUGAUUAGUAGGGAAAAUCAUGGAAACUCAGACUUAGUAGAUGGAUACUCACAUGCAACUGGAUCAGAACCUUCUAAACUUUUGGUGACAGAUAUCGUGGAGAUAGAUAGUCCUAAUUCAGCAGCAAAUUUCAAGAAAGGCUCAAGCCCUGUUGGUCCCGGUGCUACCACAAGGAAGGGCUCACUCCAUGUUGAACGACAGAACUCUGAAAUCUCAUAUUAUGCUGAUGAUGAAGAUGCGAAUCGUAAAAAGUAUACAAAAAGAGGUCCGUUCCACCAUAAGUUUCUUAGAGCAUUGCUCCCUUUCUGGUCUAGUGCUUUACCUACUCUACCAGUGACUGCACCCCCAAGGAAAGAUGCAUCAAAUGCGACCGAAGCCUCAGAAGGUCGUACACGGCACCAAAGAUCAUCAAGGAUGGACCCCAGAAAAAUUCUUCUCCUGAUUGCAAUUAUGGCGUGCAUGGCAACUAUGGGUAUAUUGUAUUACAGACUAGUGCAACGGGGUCCAGGGGAAGAGCUUCUUAAUGAUGAACAAAUUUGACAUGGAGGGCUCUGAAAGUCCGGAGAUGUUCAGUGGCUCCCAUUUUCCAUAUUUCUGGUUACAAGUGCUUCUGCUGCUUAUCUGUUUGGCUUCUUUAUUUGGACCAGUUGAUGUUUUUGGCAAACAUACAAGUGCCUGGUUGAUAAUUGUCGUGUGAUGCCGGCAGUAACAUGCUACAUAAAAUCCUUGUCAGCCAUUUUGCUCUUUACCCUCAGUUUUGGUGUCCAUUUGGAAUGUAAUUGCAGAUUCAGAUUUAAAUAUUAUUCUCUUAAUUGGUUUUAAGUUGUAAUCAUCUGUAAUCCAUAAACCUUGAAGACCAAUUAGUCUCAUCAUUUCAAAUAUAAUUCGCACAUUAU